AUGCCUCAACUCUCUCAAUAUCUCAACUUCCUCUUAGCCCUUUCUCUCACCCCUCCCGUCCUCAGCGCUCCAUCAACCCCGAUGCUACCCCUCCCGGGCCUCCAUAAUCUCUUCACCCCGUUGGAUGAUUCUCCCAUGCCACCAAUACAACCACAAAAGGACGACCUAGGCCUCUUUUAUGGUAAAUGCUACCGGCUCGAAAACAACAAAAAGCAAAAGCUAGGCUACCAACAAGGCGCAUACUACCGGUAUGACGCAGACGAUAACCGGCGCCCAUUCCGCGUGUGCCGCUCCACCCGGGGAUCUUGCAAGCGUGAGCAGGACGACCAAAACGUGUACAAGAACGACCGGUUUUAUCUCUGGGAUGGGCACGGUUCGGCUUGGUCCAAGGGUCCGACCUGGAUUGGUUUCUCUGGGGUGUUUUUGUAUCCGAAUAUUUACCGCGACAUCGAGAACUAUAUUGCGCCAUUUAAGGCGCAUAAGAGUUGCGAUCGCAGCGAUCCACUUCGGGUGAAUAAUGAUGAUUUGGAUGAGGAGAAGGAUAAAUGUUCGCUUUGUGUUAAUUUGAAAAACAGCUACAAUAACUACAAUGGACUGGCGACGUACCCAACGGGUUAUCGUUACGCCGACACGGGCUGCCUCUUUACCGAGUGGAUCGACAAUGCACCGGAGAGCGAACGCGCGAAUGCCGCUUUCGCACGCUUGGAUUUCCUUCACAGCCAUUACCAGAAAGCCGGCAAGAUCAGCAACGACGACAUGCUGUACACCCUCGCUGUCUUGGCCUUGGAGCCGAAGCGCUGGAUCGAGCAGUACGAAUGGAGGAAGCUAAACGAGAUGGAGCUUUGUGCUUUCGGCACGUUCUGGAAAUCCGCUGGCGAUGCCAUGGGCAUUUCGUACGAAUGCCUUCCGUCGUACAAAUCCGGCUUCACAGACGGCUUGCAUUGGCUCGACGAACUCGCAAUCUGGGUCGAAGCGUUCGAGUCGCAGCACAUGGUUCCGGAUACCAAUUGUAACCUAGUCGCAGACCACACUACGGAUCUGCUCAACUAUACCCUGCCGAAGCCCUUGCAUAACGCGGGCAAGAAAUCUGUCACCGUCCUCCUGGACGAACGGCUCCGGAAAGCGAUGAUGUAUCCCCGCGCCCCCGCUCCCUACUACAAAACCAUCUUCACCAUCUUCACCAUCUUCACCAUCUUCACCAUCUUCACCAUCUUCACCAUCUUCACCAUCUUCACCAUCUUCACCAUCUUCACCAUCUUCACCAUCUUCACCAUCUUCACCAUCCGCAAAAACAUCAUCAAAUACUGCAUGCCCCCGCGCCCGGCCUUUCUCCGCUACACCUUCAAGAAAACAAAUCCCAAAACCGGCCGGAUCAAUUUCACGCGCUUUGAUGCUGAACCCUGGUACGUCGAGCCCACAUUACUGAAUCGCUGGGGUCCAGCGGCCUGGGUACGGAGGCUGCAGGGUCUGCCGUUGCCUGGGAAGGGUUUCCAACCCGAGGGGAAUUCUACCGUGCUGCCCCCCGGCACCUAUUGGGGCCAAUAUCAGGAUAUUACCGAAUCCAAUACCCACCUGAGCGUGGCAGAGAGAUUGUGGGUCGCAUGGUAUGCGUGGGUGCAGAAUGAUGUCCUGGCCACCGGCAUCAUGUCCUUCGUCAUCCACGAGUUGUUCUACUUCGGCCGCUCUCUUCCGUGGAUCUUCAUCGAUAGCUUAGGUUUCUUCAACAGAUACAAGAUUCAAAGUAGCAAAGUACCUUUAUUACGCGAGCAAUGGGAUUGCGCCAAGUUUGUGCUUCUAAGCCACUUCACCGUCGAACUUCCUCAAAUCUGGUAUGUUCCUACCCUCGACGGAGUGGUAUUCUACCCGACGUUUGCCUCUCCGGCCCGAUUGAGUAAUAACGGCUCUUCUAGGCUUUUCCACCCAAUGGCCCAGUUCUUCGGUCUAUCAACAUCGAUUCCUUUUCCGUCUCCUUGGACUAUGACAUAUCAGAUUGCAAUAUUUUUCGUGAUGGAGGACACUUGGCACUAUUUUUUCCACCGAGCUCUUCAUUGGGGUCCACUCUAUAAGGCUAUUCACAAAAUUCACCAUCAGUAUUCCGCACCAUUUGGUUUGGCCGCCGAAUAUGCUUCUCCUAUUGAAGUGAUGAUUCUCGGCUUGGGGACCGUCAGCUCCCCGAUCCUCUGGUGUGCUUUCACCGGUAACCUGCAUAUCCUCACUAUGUACAUCUGGAUUGUGUUGCGCUUGUUCCAGGCUGUCGAUGCCCACAGUGGCUACGAAUUUCCUUGGAGUCUUCACCAUUUCUUGCCUUUCUGGGCUGGUGCUGAUCAUCACGACCUCCACCAUGAGAAAUUCAUUGGGAACUACUCAAGCAGCUUCCGCUGGUGGGACUACCUCCUUGACACCGAAUACACUCCGGAUGCCCUGAAGCGCCGAAGAGAGAAAAAGGUGAAGGCAAAGAAGACACAAUGA